AUGAGCGGGGAACUCCUGGCGGAGCUGCCUACCGCCAUCCUCACCGGGCGCAGCGCAGUCAACGCUCUCGCCGAGGGUCGCAGCGUUAUGCUGUCGGGUGCGAGCGACGGCGCGGACACGCUGUUCGGCGCACUUGCGCUCGGCUGUGGCCACCUGGUCGCGCACCUGCUGGGUCCGCACAACGUGCCCAGCGCAGCCGCACGCGCGGGUCAACAGGAGGCGCUGUGCCACCUCGACGACGGCAUUCUGCACUCGGAGCUUGUCGACGAGGUGGUGGAUGCGAUCCGGCGCGCGCGCUACCCGAACUACGCCUCCCUCGCGGCCUUUGACCGCGACUGGAGGAAGUCGCGGCGCAACGUGCUGCAGGUCCUCUGCGCUGACGCUGUGUACGCCGUCGCUUACCGCGCGCCCUCCGCUAGCGACUCACAGACGGCCGCGUGUGACGUCGGAGGCGGGACGGGCUACGCGUGCCAGUGCUACAUCAACCGCUUCCAGCCGCUCGGGCCGGAGGCCGCCGCCUCCUGCCGCCUCUACUUGUACGACGACGGCGCUCCGGAGUGGGCGGGAUGCCUCAAGGACGCGCGAACCCACCGGCGAUGGAGUGCGUGGGACCCGGCGAGUCAGGCGUGGGCGCCGCUCGACGGACCGCCGCCGCGGCCGGAGGGUGUUUACGCCGGCAUCGGCUCGACGCGGCUUCACCCGGACUUUGGCGACGCGGCGAUCAGAGCGCUCAUGGCGCCGGUCUGA